UCAUUGAUGAGGGGUUUCAUUCAUUACAGGGAACCAUUAAUCUAAAUGAUAAAAGGGCAAAAAUUUAAGCGUGUCCUUGGUGGCUGAUGUGCAUACAGUUUACAUCCUAAUGUUUGCUUUAGAAAUUUUAGGUUUGACACUCUGAUAGAGGUGGAUUGACUACGGCUUAUACUUGUCAAACAUUUGUUGCUGUAGGUGGUACCCUGAGCCGGGCGAUGAGUUGAAAAUGAGAAUACUGAGAUAUUGAAAGAACAUUGUCUUUUCCGAGUCAUAAAAGUAAUGGAAUUUUAACCUUUCUGGUAUUCUCCUAAAAACCCGACAAAAAGUGCCACCAGUCCAAUGUAGAUAAAUAUUAAAUUGUCAUAGAAAUUUCAGCAUUUCUAUGGCUGCUUUUGAAUAUCAGUAUCAUCUGAGUUGCUGAAAAAUUUACAGGUCUGGAACCAGACCAACUGGUAGGAAAUAUUUAAGUUUCAUUUUUUUCUGUAUCACCCAGCUCUACUGGUAACUUAUGUCUGACCCUUAUAAUGUAACGAGUCUGCCCCCCUUUUAACUUGCACACUUUCGAUGAAACUGUUGUUUUCAUUUCAGUUUUUGUCCUCGAGCUGCACACACCCAUCCACACCCCCUCAUCUUAAAUUAAUCAGUAUAGUGCUAUUGUUCUGGUUUCAGUGAGGCCUCCAUGUUUGGAUGACCUGUUUAACAUAAAGGCAUGUCUUAGUUUCGGACCAGGGCACUUUUGUUUUUAACUGUCAUGCAAAUAGAUUAGCACAGGUGUACGAGCACCACUCACAGCACUUUACAGUUUGUUUUUUUUUCAUCAACUGAACAGUAGGUGUUGGAGGAGAUUUCCAUAUCAAUACAUGGCACGAUUAAAUCUAUGUGCACAAGAGCCACCAAUGACUUAAAAAUAUAUUUUGAAUGCAGUUACAUGUGAAUGUGUGAUGGGGAAAUGGCUUACUGGUGGAAAGGAUAUAAAUGUCUUAAUUUAAAUACUGUAAAAUAACCAUUUUAUUGUUAAAUAUCUUGUAAUCUAUUGAUGUCUUAUACCGUUUUUUUAUUUUAUUUAAAAUGAUUGUCAAUUUAAAGGUAAAGAUUUAACAAAGAACCUCAAUGUUUUAAUUGAAAGAGUCCUUUGCUGACUGCCUGCCCCUAUUGCUGGCCAUGGUGUCCCCCCUUUCCAAGAGUGUGGUUUGACCAUUCUGGGCCCCUGGGCAGACCAAAAAAGGGAGCCAUUGUGAAUGAAGACCGCUUUUCCCAUUAGGCCCAGGCCGGGUGGUGAGGAUGCCAUGGGGUUAGGAAGAGAUGUGGGUUCAGCUCUUAUAGGUGGAUAUGGGCGCUGGGGAAGAGACAGAUAUGGUCCACCUAUAAGGACAGAUUAUCGACUCAUUGUUGAGAAUCUUUCCAGCCGCUGCAGUUGGCAGGACUUGAAGGACUACAUGAGGCAGGCGGGGGAGGUGACUUACGCUGACACCCACAAGGGACGGAGGAAUGAAGGGGUGAUCGAGUUCAGGCUCUACUCGGACAUGAAGAGGGCUCUGGAGAAGCUCGAUGGCACUGAAGUGAAUGGUAGAAAGAUCCGGCUCAUCGAGGACCGCCCCGGAGCCAGGCGCAGCAGACGCUCUUAUUCCCGCAGUCGCAGCCGUUCCAGGUCCCGCUCCAGGAGCCGCAGGUCUCGCAAGAGCCAUAGCCGCAGUGAGAGCAGCAGUCGCAGCCGCUCCCACUCCAGAGCUGCGUCCCGCUCCCGCAGCCGAUCUCGUAGCAAGAAGAAUAAGGUCAAGGGCAAGAAGGAGGAAGAAGAGCGCAGCAACGGUGCUCAGAAGAACAAGGACCGCAGCAGGAGUCGCAGCCCCAAGAGCAAAAAAAGCAAGAAAGAGGGGAAGAAGAACAAGAAGGAAGACUCCAGGUCCAGAUCUCGCUCUCGCUCCAGGUCUCGCUCAAGGUCAGGAAUGAAGGAUCGCUCCAGGAAAUCUGGCUCAAAGGGCCGCGAGCCACCUAAGAGCGACGACGAGGGAGGUGAGCCUGAGAGGGGCUCCCGAUCUCGUUCAUGCUCCCCCGCUGAAUCCAAAUCCAGAGCCAGGUCUAAAUCAAAGUCCAAAUCACGCUCUCCCACACCCGCCAAAGCCCACUCCCGCUCCCGCUCCGCCUCCCGCUCAGAGUCCCGCUCUAAAUCCCGCUCCCAGUCUCGCUCUCGCUCCCGUUCCCGCUCUUAGUUCAGAUUUUGGACUGUUUGUCUUGAGCCCUUUUCCCAGUGUCUCCCCCUGCCCUCCAUUUACAUUCCCCAGACCCCACAACACUACCCCUGCCUCCUGUUUUUUGAUAAAUAGUUGUAGAAUACCAGGCACUCGUGCUCGAUGUCUUUUAUGCACACAUUGUUCCAUUUCAUUUGACUUUUACUCGACAUAUUUUUUCAUUAGAGCUGUCUCGUGUGGGGGUGUUUGUAAAAUAUCAGGGUGCAAUCUCAGUUUUAUAAGUUUAAUUGAUGGUAAGGUAUGUGUCUUAGCCUUUUUUUAAUCAAAUGUAAAAGCAUACUGUGGUGGGAAUAUGUUCUAACGUCUCCUCACCUUUUGUGAAAUCCUUGUAUCGUUUUAUUUCGGAUUAAAAGAAAAUGCCUGUAA